CACCAUGCGCUGCCUCCCUCCACUACGCCGCGCGCGCUCCCCUCGCCUCCUGUCCUCCCACCACCACCACAAGAACCGCGUCAACACCACCUGCCAUUGCCGCGCCGAGCUCAGCCUCUAGCUGCGCCAGGAGGGCGCCCGCCUCCCUGCCGACGUCGGGUGUGAUGGAGCUGCACAAGUACUGGGGCGUGGGGGGCCGGCGGUGCGGCGGCUGCGAGGCGGCCCCGGCGGCGGUGCACUGCCGCUCGUGCCCCUCCGGGGGCGCGUUCCUCUGCACGGCGUGCGACGCGCGCCCGGGGCACGCUCGGCUGGGCCACGAGCGCGUGUGGAUGUGCGAGGUCUGCGAGCUGGCCCCCGCCGCCGUCACGUGCAAGGCCGACGCUGCCGUGCUCUGCGCCGCCUGCGACGCCGACAUCCACGACGCCAACCCGCUGGCGCGCCGCCACGCGCGCGUCCCCGUCGCGCCCAUCGGCUCGGAGGCCGCGGCUGCCGCCGUGGAGGCCAUGCUGUUCGGGACCGGCGAGCCGGCCGCGUCCGAGGCCGAGGAGCCGCAGAACGCGGCCGCCGGGCAGCACCAGCACCACCACCAGCAGCACGCGCUGAACCUCAACGUGGAGGCCAAGGACAUGAAGCUGGACUACCUCUUCUCCGACCUGGACCCCUACCUCAGCGUCGAGAUCCCGCGCUUCCAGCACGCCGACAGCGUCGUCCCCAACGGCGUCGGCGCCGGCGCCGGCGCCGCCGUCGAACUGGACUUCACGUGCGGCAUCGGCGUUAAGCCCUCUUCCUACAGCUCCUACACGGCAACGUCCCUCGCCCACAGCGGCUCCUCCUCUGAGGUCGGCGUGGUGCCAGAGGCCUUCUGCGGCGGCGGCGGCGGCGGCGGCGGGAGCUUCGAGCUCGACUUCACCCGGCCCAAGCCUCAAGCCUACAUGCCGUACACCGCGACUCCUCAGAGCCACAGCGUGUCGUCGGUGGACGUGGAGGCGGUGCCGGAGCGGGGGGACAUGGCGGCGGCGAGGCCGGUGCCGCUGGUGGGGGAGAGCCGGGAGGCGCGGCUGAUGCGGUACCGGGAGAAGCGGAAGAGCCGGCGGUUCGAGAAGACCAUCCGGUACGCGUCCCGGAAGGCCUACGCCGAGACGCGGCCGCGCAUCAAGGGCCGGUUCGCCAAGCGCGCCGACCACGACGCGGACGCCGACGACGCCGAGGCCGAGGCCGAGGCCGCCGUGCCGUCGGCGGCGGCGUACGUGCUCGACUUCGGCUACGGCGUUGUGCCCAGCUUCUGAUCGACGACGGUGGUCUCGUUCCACGCGCGCGAAGGUCCGGCGGGCAGCGGCGCGCUUGACCCGGCACUCGCGCGCGCACCCGCCUUGUACUUGUAUCGAUGCAUGCAUGUAUAGGGGAGGAAUAGUAAUCCCAUGUACUCUCUUUUUGGAGCUGCUAGCCCUGCGUACGCUAGCGACGUAUAAUUUGUACACUAUGCUGCUACUUGCUAGCUACUAGCAUGUUCUUGCAAGAAUUAGCCCGGGCUAUUUUUGAAUCAAAUCUAUGCAAGAAAUUUGCAGUGGUAGCAGCUAUUGAUGAUGAACCCGUCAAUUCAUCAUCUUAACUUCUUAAGUUAUGGUGAACUGGUUUAAAUUUAUAUCAA